AUGGCCUCCGCUUUCGCCCGGCUGACGGAGCUCAAGGAGCUCGUGUUGAACCUGUCCGAGAACAAGAUUCGUGAUGCAGGCGCCGCAGCUGUGGCUGAGAGCCUGCGGAAUCUGCGACAGCUCACGAAGGUCACGGUUUGGCUGAUGGACAGCGCGCUCGGCGCUCCUGGCGCCACAGCUGUGGCUGAGAUUCUUCGAGAGCUGCCUCAGCUCACGGAGGUCGAGGUCAAUCUGUUCCACAACCCGCUCGGCGCGGAGGAGAAGAAGAAGCUCCGGGCCACCUUCGAUGCGCUGCCGGUGCGUCAGAAAGGCCUCAGCCUCGGUGCGCUGGUGGCCUUUCUCCCGAUGCCAGCCAUGGCCGCAGACGGCGAGGAGCAGGAUUGGGUUCAGCAGGUCCACCAGACGGAGCAGACGCUCGUAGACGUCAUCAGCCUGGAUGGUGACUUGGUGGUCGAAGCCCUGUCCAACAUCCCGCAGGAUGCGCGUGGUCGUUUGCGCACUAUGCUGGUGCUAGCCGAGGAGGUAGUCGUGCAAGCCGCGCAUGGAUAUCAAAUAGUCAUUGACACAGGCCUGGGUACAGCCGGUUGGUAUACUACAGCCGAUGAGCCUGAGCCUGCAGCCCCGGUGGCAGUCGGAGCAGCCGAAGCCUCGCAGGUCCUUGGUCUUGCCCCUGGUCAGGCUUGGGCGGACACUACGGACGUGCCUGGAACAGACGACAGUUUCAGCCGAGGCGCCUACAGGACCAGCCGCUUCUCAGGCAGCCACCAAAGGAAAGCAGCCGCCUCAGCAGCCUAUGGUAGCCCAUAUCACUGUGAAGGCCAACCCGCAGCCAAGGCCCCGACAGUGCCGCCCCCGCCACCCUUGGGUGCACAGCGGGGCACACCUGGAGUCGGACCAGCGGCUCUUGCAGCCUUUCCUAACGACCUAGUGUCGUUCAACGCAGGCUUGUUCAUAGCCAAUUAUAGUGGUGACAGAGACGUGCUUGCAGCCGCGCCGUCACAGACACCAAAGACGGUGGCGUGGCGCAUAGCCACCAUGACUGUUCAGACUGCCACAGCCGUCGCCCUCCCAGACGUCACAGGCCUUGAUCUCAGCACAGACUUUCUUGCAGUCGUGGUUCAGGCGGGGUUGCACUGGCUUGUGCCAUUGGCUUUCUUCUCGCUGCCUGGCACUUGUGUGCUCAGGCUCAGAGCCAACCGCAGCCGGGAACACAGUUUGUUGUUCCAGUCACCGGCACAGUGCAGUCAGGCGAUGUCGGCCGUGAGCGACAGCGAGGUCACCUUUCGUGCAAAGGCCUUACAGCACGGCAUUCCUGAGACGUCUCUUCAGGACCUCCUUGAGAGCAUGGAGCCCCAAGCCACAGACCAGGAGGUGGCAAACGUCAAGAGGGACGAACAUCUCCUGCUUGCACAGGCACUCAGCAGACGUGGCCUAGCCAUUGAGAUGGCAGGCAUGGGCACUUUCGAAGUGCAUGAAGCCUAUGCCAGAGGCCUGCUUGAGCACCUUCACAGACCGCCACCAGUCAAAUUUGAGGCCCCAGGCAUCGAUGCAGUCUUGCGGGCAGACCGCGAACUCUGGAUCCGUGUAGCCGAGGAAGUUGGCAGUGAUUUUGUCGGCCCAGGCAAGACCGCAGCCGUCGACGAAGCAAUUCGCAAGUGGCAGCACAGCAUGCAAGUAGCCUUCUUUCUGGUGCCGGUGCCGAAGCCCGAAAAGACAGACAGGCUGCAGCCACCCAAGCGGACGUGGGAACAGACCGCCCCUCUGCCCUACACAGACAAAGGGUCAAAGGGCAAGCACAAAGGCAAGUUCAUGUCGCAGGCGUGGCAGGCAGGCAAGUCAGGUACGCUCCUGACGCCUGCAGACCUCAGCCCUGCACCGGCUCCCGAUACCCCGCAGGAGCAGCAGGCCAGUGACGCACCGCCCUUGCCGCCAGAGCCUACGUUGCAGCCUCAGACCGUGUCCCCCUCAGACCAGGCAAGCACAGGCACAGGCAGGAUGUCCAAGGCAUUCGCUCGCUUAGAUCCAGACGUCUUGCCGCCGUGCACCUCGCGCCGCCUUGUGGCACGAGCAGCGCAGCACGCAGGAUUGAUGCAGGUCAUCCUCGCUUGUCAGGAGAAUGACGUGAUUUGGUCACUAGAGAACCCGGAGUCGCACAUCUUUCAUGGUACUUUCGACUCGUGCGUAUACGGGGGCGCACGCAAGAAAGCCACGACCUUUUGGCACUGGGCAUCGCUGGUCACCGAGGACCUUUCGCGCACAGGCCGCCUCGCAGACUUCAGCUCAGCUCAAGGUCACAGCUGGGUCAAACUUGAGUCAGCCAAGGACCGUGUCAAGUUUGUGCCUGGUAACAGACUUCAGGACCCCGCCUUUCCCAAAGGCUCCACCACCAUUAAGGUGAUGGUCGAGCAUGGAACUUGGGGAGCACUCGUCGAGCAGCCUGUCAGCCCUGAAGUCUUCCUGCAGCGAGCAGUUUUGAGUCACCACCCUCAGACGGCCCUGCCACCGUUGCCAGCAGCACUGGACAGGACUGUAGCCUUGCUGGCUGGGCGCAAGCUCACUGAGCUCCAUGCUCUGCGUUGUCAACGCCUUAAGACCAUGUGCGACAUGGCUACAGAAUUUCAGGCCCGUGAGGACUCAGAUCACGCCAACAUGGCGCCGCAUCUUCGCGGCAUCCUCCAGGGCAAACGCAUCAGGCUUUUCGAGUGCCUGCUGCAAGGGCUGCACUACCCAGACCAGUCUCUGCCUCAAGACAUGAGACAAGGCUUCAGCUCACUGGGUGGUUACCAGACACGAAGACUAGGCGUCCGUGAGGCCGACCUACCGUUUGCCAAGGUUGCUGUGUACAAUCCAGAGACAGGCAGUGUGCAUGGCUUUUGUAGAUGCAGCCUAGCUCUGUGGCACAUAGCCGUUAGUCUUCUCAUGCUUCCCUUGACUGUGUUUUUCGAUGAUUACACAGCCAUCACACUGGAGCAGGACUGCAACAGCCUCACACAGUCGUUCCUCUUGCUGCUGAAGCUACUAGGGUGGCAAGCUGCCUUGACGGGUUCCAAGGCUACUGACUUUGCUGAGUCUUUUGACAGUCUGGGGAUUGCUUACAUCCUCCCCCGGACUCCAAGCGGCUUUGUCCGCGUGCGAAAUACAGACAGCCGCAAGCGCGAGGUGGCUACCACCUGCCUCAGAGUACUUCAGACAGGCACUUUGUCCCCAGCUGAAGCGCUAGCCUUUGCAGGACGCCUGCGAUGGUUGGAUGCCCAGACAUUUGGCAGGAUAGGCAGAUGGGCCUUCCGUGUCAUACUGGAGCACGGAACAAAGCCAGGUCGCCGUAGCAACAGACAGCUCACCCCAGCAGUCAAAGACGCUAUCAACUGGAUUUUGGAUAACGUCCCGCAGGCUGAACCGCGCGCCUUCAAGGUCCCUGCAGCCAAGGCGACUCAGGUGUUCACAGACGGGUCCUUUGAACAAGGAGUUGGCAGGCUGGGCGGAGUUCUGUGCAAUGCGUCAGGCUGCAUUUCAGACUGGUUUCAGGCAAUUGUACCGGCUGAUGUUGUUCAGGGCUGGAGUCUUCAGGGCACGCAGCACCCCAUCCUGCAGUGCGAGCUUCUCGCAGUCUGUGUCGCCGCUGCCAUCUGGGGAAACAAGCUUUCAGACUUGCCAGUCACCUGGUGGAUAGACAAUGAUGCAGCCAGGCACUGUCUCAUCAGUGCCAGGGGCUUCCCAGACAGUGAAUGCCCAAGCAGCUUCUCACAAGCAACGGAGCAUCAAGUAAAGGCGCUUUUGCAGACCGUACAGGUUGCAGCAAGCCGUGUGACAGUCCUUCGGCAGACAGCGGACUACAGUGCAGAAAUCCCCACCUUGGAAAAAGCGUGUUUUGGCCAAGUCAAACGCACCAGGUCAAACCUCAGUCUUCCUUGGGAGGACCCAGCCUUUCAGUUUGUUGUGCAGGACAGGAACUUCCUAGACAGUCUACAAGACACGCUGCUUUCUCAGCCAGACCCUGUGCCCCUGCCUCAGCCAGUGUCACAGUCGGCCGAAGCCAAGUUGCAGUCAGCAUCUUUGCCAACGCCCAAGCUUCGUACUUUGGGGCAGUGGAAGCCACAGGACAGCCAAGCCGAGCGUCAAGCGGCUUUGUCUAAAUGGAGUCAACUUUUUCGUGCGGUGCCUCACCUUUUCAGACCCGAGACAGUCAGUGAAGUCGUGCAUGAAUGCAGUCGCACUGAGUUGGGAAACUUAGACUUGCGCUUCGCCAAGAAGAGUACGAACACUCUUCUUAAUAGAGUGAGCAGUCUUCAGCGUUUUGCAGCUUGGCUCUUGCGCUCUUUUCCGCAUGAGCCCCUCAGUGAAGCUUUGGUUUUCCUCUACUGCCAGAACGUGACCAGCCAGGUGACAGGCAGCAGUGUUCCAGACCAGCUCAGUCAGGCCCUGAACUUUGCAGACGGUUGCCUCGGUCUACACGUGGCAGUACGAUGGCUGCAGACUCUGGCAGACUCAGACGAGCCGCAGUACGAGUGUUACGUUGCGGCCACUCUACUUUUUAUGGUCUAUGCCAGGGCCCGACAUAAUCGACAUAGUGACUUGCGCCGCAGCCAGAGCCUUAUCGUAGACACAGACGACUCAGGCCGAGCAGUCUUCAUCGAGUGUGAAGUUUUGAACCCGAAGCAGAGUAAGCAGAGCAGACGCAGGAAUAUGUUCCUGCCUCUGGUUGCUCCAGCCGAGGGCAUUUGUCAGGAGCCGUGGGCAGAGCGAUGGUUGGAGCUAAGGAAAAGCCUUGGUCUGAAGUGUCACGGCAGCCUAGAGGAUGACCCUCUUCUGCCAGACCUAGCAGCCGACGGCAGCCUGUUGAAGACGAACAUGGAUGCAGCCACUACGACAAAGUGGAUGCGAUGUUUGCUGUCCCGUCAGCCCGGAAGCAACACAGAAGAUCUCUUGAAGAUGUCCAGUCAGGGUUUGAAAGCCACGUGUCUCAGCUGGACGAUGAAAGCAGGCAUACCCGACCCUGACCAGACUCUUUUAGGCUAUCAUAGUCGUGGUCGAAGUGCCAGUGCCUUAAGCUAUGGGCGUGACUCCUUGGCAGGACCACUUAGGGCGGUGGAGUUCGCAGUGCGCAACAGCCUCGUCUCAGUCGGCGACUUCGGUGUCGGCUACAAACGAGAGCCGCAAGCAGCCGCAGCAGCCUGA